UGAAAAAGCAGUAAUUGAUGUGGUGUAGAUAAUAAGGAAACCUAAAUGUCUCUCGUAAUGUCAUCAUCUUUUAUAGCUUUUCCCUCUAAUUUUAGUCCAUCCAAUUUUUAUGAUAUAAAAUUGCAGCAACCUGCUUUAUCGAUUCCUUUCUGUUCUUCCGUUGGCCAUUGCAAAUUUCCAUGGAGUGUAACUCUAAAUAACCAUCAAAUUUUCAGAAAUAAUUUGAAGCCCGUUAGAGAUUCCAUUAACCCUUCACAGAAUCAAUCUUUCAACGAGGAAGACAGCACCAUAUCUUUUGAUUGGGUAGACGAAGAAGAAGAUUUUGAAAACGUAGAAUCACCAUGGGAAGGAGCAGUUAUGUAUAAGAGAAACCCUUCUGUUACUCAUAUGGAGUAUUGCACAACUUUAGAGAGGUUGGGUUUAGGAAAGCUUUCGAGCGUUGUUUCAAAAUCUAGGGCUUCAUUGAAGGGAUUACGGGUUACAAAAGAUGUGAAAGAUUUUCCAGAUGGUACCCCAGUUCAGAUCUCCAUUGAUGUGACAAGGAAGAAACAAAAGAUGAGGCUUGAUGGGAUUGUUAAAACUGUCAUCACUCUCGGUUGCAAUAGGUGUGGUGAACCUGUUGCUGAGUGCAUAUUCUCCAAUUUCUCACUUCUACUAACUGAAAACCCCAUUGAAGAGCCUGAAAUUAUUGAUAUAGGAGCAACCUUUGAGCAAGGAUUCAAAUCUUCCUAUGCAAGUAACCGAGCGGAGGAUGAUGAUGCGUCGAUCGAUUGGGAUGAUCGGCUUUAUUUUCCUCCCAAAAGAAAAGAAAUCGAUAUUUCGAAGCACAUAAGAGACUUGGUGCAUCUAGAAAUCACAAUCAACGCAGUUUGUGAUCCAAGCUGCAAAGGUAUGUGUCUUGAAUGCGGUACUAAUCUGAAUACUUGCAGCUGUAGCUGUAGUGAUAAUGUAAAAGACAAUGGGUUUGGCCCACUUGGAAUAUUGAGGAAACAGAUGAAGAAGAAAUUAUCUUAGUUUAUGCAAUACCAACUCCCUCCAGAUAAAUAUUUAUAUAUAUUGGGGGGUAUGUGAAGGAUAUAUGAUAUACUUGUAUAUUUGUAUAAAUUUUAAUUAUACUGAUCUUCACAUUAUCA